AUGAUGAUGAUGAGAUAUAGAGCCUCUUCAAGGAUAGCACAAUGUGCUGCACGUUCUUCAUGUGCCCGUUUUUACUCUUCGAGUACCAAACCAAAUUUGGCUACCACUACUAGGGACACUACAUUCAACCAGCAAACGUACGGAGAUAGCAACAUUCAAAAGAUUCCAGUGGGAUCAACUGCCAAGAAACUUUUUGGCAAACCAAAGAAGACACGUUUGUCCGUCGAUGGUCCUAUUGAAUGUCCAUUGGAAAGUUUUCAAUUAUUAAACUCUCCAUUGUUCAACAAAGGUUCUGCGUUUACACAGGAAGAGAGGCAAGCUUUCAAUUUGGAUGCAUUGCUACCACCACAAGUGAACACUUUGGAUGAACAAGUUGAGAGAGCUUAUAAGCAACUUUGUUAUCUGAAGACUCCUUUGGCCAAGAACGAUUUCAUGACUUCUAUGCGUGUUCAGAACAAAGUCCUAUAUUUUGCCUUGGUCAGAGAACACAUUAGAGAAUUGGUUCCUAUUAUUUACACACCAACAGAAGGUGAUGCAAUUGCUGCUUAUUCGCACAGAUUCAGAAGACCUGAAGGUAUCUUUUUGGAUAUCACCGAACCAGAGUCCGUAGAACGUAGAAUGGCCGUUUACGGUGGUGACAAGGACGUCGAUUACAUUGUUGUUUCCGAUUCUGAAGGUAUUCUUGGUAUCGGUGAUCAAGGUAUUGGUGGAAUCCGUAUUGCCAUCUCUAAAUUGGCACUAAUGACUUUGUGUGGUGGUAUUCACCCUGGUCGUGUGAUGCCUGUUUGUCUGGACGUUGGUACCAACAACAAGAAACUUGCGCGUGACGAAUUGUACAUGGGUAACAGAUUCGCCAGAAUCAGAGGUAAGCAAUAUGAUUAUUUGAUUGAAAAAUUCAUUCAAUCAAUCAAGAAGAGAUUCCCUAAUGCUGUGCUACAUUUUGAAGAUUUCGGUGUGAAGAACGCAAGAAGAAUCUUAGAUAAGUACCGUAACGAAUUGGCUUGUUUCAACGACGAUAUCCAAGGUACUGGUGCUGUCGUCAUGGCUUCAUUGAUUGCUGCUCUAAAACACACAAAGAGAGAUUUGAAAGACAUCACCGUUUUAGUUUAUGGUGCUGGUUCUGCAGGUCUUGGUAUCGCCGAUCAAAUCGUGAAUCACAUGGUUACUCACGGUCUUUCGAAAGAAGAGGCCCGCACAAAGAUCUAUCUAAUGGAUAGACGUGGGUUGAUCUUGAGUUCCAUGGAAUCUGGCUCGACACAGGCACAACACGUUUACGCCAAAUCAGACGAAGAGUGGUCUGAUGUGAACUGUAAAUCUUUACUUGACGUUGUCUCCCGCGUGAAACCAACCUGUCUAAUCGGUUGUUCCACUCAAGCAGGUGCCUUCAACAAGUCUAUCGUACAGGAAAUGUACAAGCACAACCCAAGACCUAUCAUCUUCCCACUAUCGAAUCCAACCAGAUUGCACGAAGCUGUACCUGAAGAUCUAUUGAACUGGACCGAUAACAACGCCUUAGUGGCCACCGGUUCACCAUUCCCACCUGUUAACGGCUACCGUAUCUCCGAGAACAACAACUGUUUCUCAUUCCCAGGUAUUGGUCUUGGUGCAGUCCUUUCUCGUGCCAAGGUCAUCUCGGAUACCAUGAUCAGUGCCGCCGUGGAUCAACUUGCCGCCUUGUCGCCAUUAGAAGAAGGUAACUCGAAACCUGGUCUUUUACCACCUCUAGAAGUGAUUCAGGAUACUUCCUCGAAAGUGGCCACAGCAGUGAUCCUACAGGCUCUAAAAGAGGGAUCUGCACGUAUUGAAGAAGAAGACGUGCCAGGUGAAACGGGCAAGAAGGUUAAAGUGCCGCGUGACUUUGACCAAUGUCUCGCCUGGGUCAAGAACCAAAUGUGGGAGCCAAGGUAUAGACCAAUGAUCAAAGUGGAUCAUGAUCCAACUUUCCAUUCGCAUCAAAUUUAA